AUGGAAGGAGGAAACUCGAAGAGGAGGCUGGUGAUCAUCGGGGGAGGUGUCGCCGGCGGCAUGCUCGCCAAGACCAUGCAAUUCCACGCGGAUGUCGUCCUCAUCGAUCCGUACGUGAAGAGAUCUUGUCCUUAUUCGUUCUCCCCUUUCCCGUCUCUGUUUUGUCGGUUCGUUACCUUUGUGGAAUUAGCAUUUUAAUUUUACAGCGAUCGCCGAUAAUUUGGGGUCUCCUAAGGCGUUAGCGCUGCCCCUGGUCUCCUCAUUCUGUGUGCUCUUCGAUGAUUCGACUCCGACCACCUCGGGCAGUUUGGAUAAAGAUCGGUCGAUCGAUUUUUGAAAUGGAUUCACUCCGCAACAUGUUUCCUGCUUCUGAUAGUUUGUGACCUAGUUUUUGGAGAAUCAAGGACUGUGUUCACGCGAAAAUCCACGGUCUCCUCCCAAACCCAUUCAAUGGUGGCGUAUGAAUCCAAUAAUCGCCCUAAAUGUUUCUAAACCCCGUUCCACCCGUUUUCCCCCUCGGCUCGUCCUCUUUCCCUGACCCCUUCUCCUAGUCAUGCAUGGCGAGUAGUAGGAGAGGAGAUCGUGCUCGUUUUGAGCAGGUUGGAGUUGGAGGCGAGGAUGGGAGUGCCAUCCGUAGUAGCAGGACAAGUGAAGAGUUCACUAAACCUCGGACCCCAGUUCUUCUGUUUGUUAUCCUUUCAAAUGAGGAGGGGAAUGCGAGUUUUUGCGCAGAGCACAUCUGCAAUUCUUCUUUAUCGUGUGGAAUUCUUCCUUCCUUCGUUUUCACUCAGCUUGUGCUCUGUCCUGCGCCCUCUUCAGGAAGGAAUACUUCGAAAUCCCAUGGGCACGUCUGCGAGCAGUGGUGGAGCCUGCAUUUGCAGAGAGAUCAUUGAUCAACUACAACGAGUACCUCACCAACGGGAGGCUCGUCACUUCCAGUGCAAUCAGCGUCACUGAAACUGAGGUGCUGACCAAAGAGGGGCAUCUGAUACCAUACGACUAUCUCGUCAUAGCCACUGGGCACACAACUUCUCAGCCAAGAUCCAGGAAAGACAGGCUCCGACAAUUCGUGGAGGGUAUGCAUUCUCCUCAGCUUGUUUACUGGCGCAUAGACUUUCAUACAAAUCGUUGUACUGAUGAGCGAGUAUCGGAAUUCUGCUCCAUUGUAAGUGCAUAAACUCUGCUGAUUCAUGGAUUCUUCCACAGAAAACGAGAAGAUAAGGUCGUCCAACUCGAUUCUAAUAAUCGGGGGCGGUCCGACAGGCGUCGAGCUUGCUGGAGAAAUCACGGUUGACUUCCCUCAGAAGAAGGUGACUCUUGUCCACGGUGGCUCAAGGCUGCUGCAGUUUGUGGGCCCUAAAGCGUCCGAUAAGGCGUUAGCCUGGUUGACAUCAAAGAGGGUCGAAGUGCUUCACGGCCAAUCGGUCGAUCUUAGUGCGAUCUCGGAAUCUGACAAGGUCUUCAGGACAUCGGCCGGAGAGACUAUCCAUGCCGAUUGCUUCUUUGAUUGCACUGGAACACCUCUAGGGUCUUCAUGGCUGAGAGAGACUUUCUUGAGGAACAGCUUGGACAUGCACGGACGGCUGAUGGUCGAUGAACACCUAAGAGUCAGGGGGAAGCAGAACAUAUUCGCUGUUGGGGACAUCACCGAUGUAAAAGUAAGUGAAAGCUCCCUUCUGCUGUUUUUGCUCCUCCCAUGGAAGCUGCCCGGAUCCAUAUCCUUGAGCUUCCGGCUAGAUAGACUGCCAUCCGAUCUCAUUUUAUUGCCUCUGAGGAAUUUCCAUGGCGUGGAAGCUCCUGCGAAUGAAAUGUCUGAAGCGUUCUUGUAAUGUCGUCAUUUUCCGUUCUUUUGGUUUGAAUAAUUUGGCCCAAUUCGCAUAGUUCCAGAUUUCUUCCGAUGGUUUUGGAAAUGGGUCGAAUAGAAGGCUAACUGGGCAAAUCGGGUCGCAGGAGAUCAAACAGGGGUUCUUAGCGCAGAAGCACGCGGAGGUGGCGGCCAAGAACCUGAAGCUGCUGAUCGGCGGCGGCGCUCCCCGUGGGGGUCUCAAGGAGUACAAGCCCGGGCCGAAGAUCGCCAUCGUCUCCCUGGGGAGGAAGGAGGGCGUGGCCCAUUUCCCCUACGUCACCCUCAUGGGCUGCAUCCCCGGGAAGAUCAAGUCCGGCGACCUGUUCGUCGGUAAGACCAGGAAGCAGUUGGGCCUGCCGCCUGGACUAGCCUGA